AUGGCUCAAGGUACUAUAUCGGGUCUCCCCUGUGCCGAGAGUUGGACCCUAAGCAGCGAAUCUGGCGAUGAGUACUUGAUACAAAUUGGCUAUCCUCGCAACUGGACGGCUGAAUCAGCAAACUCCAAUGACCACACGGUUCCGGUGAUUUAUCUUACCGAUGGAAACUCUGUCUUUUUCACAGCACUUGAAGCCCUCCACCGCUGGCUCUCCCUCCGCCCCCCCGGCGCGCCAUCCAGUGGCGUUGUCGUGGCCAUAGGCUACCCCCUUCAUGAUGACAGCCCGAGCUUGUUCAAUGGCCGCCGGUCGAAGGACCUGACGCCUCCAUUGCCUGGCGCUGGAGAGACAGAAGGCGGCGCCGACCAGUUCCUGGAUUUCAUCGAGCAGCGUGUCCGUCCAUUCGUCAGCCAGAGAGUCAAAGAGAAGCAAGGCGCCUCCGUGGGCAGGGAAGCUAUAUGCGGACAUUCAUACGGCGGACUGUUUACUCUUCAUGCCCUGUUCACGCGGCCGACAACUUUUGACUACUUUCUUGUCAACAGCCCCAGCAUUUGGUGGAAUAAAAGAGCGAUAUUGAAGCAUGAACCAGAAUGCUACGAGAAAAUAGGGGAAAAGGAGACUUCGGUUAUGCUUUUCGUCGGCGGCGAUGAACAGGAACCACCGAGGCGGAAGGGCGAAAGUGAUGAAGGCUUUGAGCAGCGCCGUGCGACCCACAUCGAAAGGCGGAUGGUCGACAACUUGAGGGAUCUGUAUGAGAGACUUAGAAAGUCUGGUAAGCUGGCACACAUCUCACUAUCAGUUUAUGAAGGCGAAGAUCAUUGUACGGUGAUUCCUUGCGGGGUCAGCAAGGGGGUUUGGACAUUCCUUGACGACUGGCCAUGUAUAGACUAA